AUGGGUAAUAUUGUAACACCAGACCAAGGUUUACUACCAUUGCCAACUUAUAGUGGUACAGGAACUUCUCCUUAUCCAUGGUGGCUCAAUACUGCUUUAGCUAUUUGGGCUCUAUUAGCAUUACUUUGUUGUUGGUUAUUAUUACUUCUAUAUCUUUUACGAUACUGUUGUCGAUGGUAUCGACAUAGAAAAUAUGCAGCAGAUCGUAAAUCAUUACAUGAACAAUUUUUUGGUUCAGGUAGUGCUAAAGGUCGAAAAAAUAUAUAUGUUGGAAAAGAUCAACAUUUUGCAACAGCUCCAUUACCACCAGUUCCUCCUUAUGCUAUAUACGGUGGAAAUAAAGGUAUAUUUCGAAAUCUUCAUGAACGUCGUAUAGUUCAAGAUGAUUUUUAUGGUGAUACAAAUCCUUAUGUAACAGCAGCAGUUAUUGGUGCUAAUAAUGAAGCAUUUGAAUCUAGUUCAGAAAUUAUUUCUGAAGAUGAAAUUCGAAAUCAUGAUAUAAAUAAAAAAUCAAAUGGUGUUCGUUUACUUGCUAAUGGUCGUCAUCCAAUAACUGUUGUUUCUGAUGCAUUGUCAGGUGAUGUCAAAGAAAAUGUUGAAACAAAUAUUCAACGUAAUAUUACAAAGAAUUAUUAUAUUAAUGAAGAACAAAAUUAUUUUAUUCCAAAAGAACCAUUAAUUGAAACAUCAAAUCGUUUACAACAUGAUCAAGAUAUUCAAAGACUUCCUGGAUUAACAGUAACAACAGUUAAUAUGGCAGCUGAACGAAUAACUGAUAAUCCAAAUUGGGAAAAUGUAAAUGUAGACGAAAAUUUUAAUGAUCAAAAUCCGAAAAAAGCUUCUUCAGCAAUUGUUACCAAUAAUCCAUCAUUAUUACAACAAGAUGUUAAAUAUGAAAAACAACCAACUAUUUAUACUCAUCGACCAGUUUCUCCUGAAAUUCCACGUAUUCAACAUAAAAAAUUAGGAAGACAAUCAUCUGUAAUAUCUGAUGAUGGUUCAACAACUAGUGAAAUGAGUGGACAUGAUUCAGAAUCAAUCUAUGAAACAAUUCGUGUAUUUACACCAAGAAAACAACCUCUACCACCCUUAGAAGAUGAAGAUGAAUAUAAAACAGCUGGUGUUGAUGAAGUCGAAUUCGAAAUCAAAGACCUUGUUCGUUUACAACAAACUAAUGCUAAAAGUGGUGGUACCUAUGAUGCUAUUCUAUCAUCAACAAAUAUGUCUCAUCAACAUCUUACACCUCGUGUAUCAUCUUUAUCAUCUUCAUCAACUUUAAAUAAUUUAGUGUCAACUAAUUCUCAAAAUGACCAAAAAAAUAUUGUUUCACGUGAAGAAGAAAAAGAAGAAACUGUUACAGAAACUGUCAAAACUCAACAAAUUGAAACAACAUUUCGUCAAAUUGGACAACAUCUUGAUGAGAGUGCAUUUUUUAUUCCGCUUGCAUCAUCAAUUAGAUAUCAUGAAGGACAAGAAAAUGAUGAUAGAAAAAUAAUUAUCCCAGUAUCAACGUCAUCUGUGUCUCAUGAACAAAAGCCAGCAUUAGAACAUUUUUAA